GCACUUGACCUUCCUCUGUUUAAGGGUUUCCUUUGAGCUGCCUGUCGGAAUACAUGUCUCGUUUUCUCAGCCGAGCGGUCUCGUUUCGGAGGCGCAUUAUCAACGCAACAUCUCCUUCAACGUUUCAAUAUCUGCUUUGUGUUCAAAGCCAAUGGUUUUCUGUAAGGUAUGCUAAUUCAAUCGCGUCAGAUGGCCGUUCUUUCACUGCCUCAUAUCUCAUUGACACAUGUGGCUUCUCACCCAAACAAGCUGAAGCAGCUUCUAUGCGUGUCAGCUUCGAAACGCGAAAAAGGCCAGAUUUGGUUAUCAAUUUCCUGAAAAGUCAUGGAUUCUCGCGGCCGUUGAUUCUUCGUCUCAUUCGAAAGGCCCCAUGGUUUCUUCGAUCUGAUCCUGAGAAAACCUUUCUUCCCAGGAUUGAAUUUUUCAAAUCCAGAGGUGUUUCGAGCUCACACAUCUCUAAGCUUAUUUUUAAUUGUCCUAACAUCAUGAGAAGAAGCUUAAGUAAUCAACUCAUUCCUUCUUUUGAUUUCUUUCGAGAUUUGUUUCAAUCUGAUGAGAAUGUCAUUAAAGCUCUAGAACAUUGCUCGGGCAUUUUUUCUGGUACUAGAACCUCUGCCGCGCCAAAAAUAGAGAUAUUGCGAGAAGCAGGAGUUCCUCAAUCAAAUAUCAUCAAAUAUUUGCAAUUUUACUCUAGAACAUUUACUUCUUCUCGUCCUGGUCGAAUUAAGAAGAUUGUGGAGGAAGUGAAAGAACUUGGUUUUGAUCCUUUGAAGCUUCAAUUUCUUGUAGCUGUUCAUGUAUGCUUAUGCUUAAAAAAAUCCACACUGGCUAAAAAGGCUGAUGUUUAUAAGAAGUGGGGUUUUUCUGACCAUGACAUUCUCACGGUGUUUAGAAAGCAUCCUUUGUGUAUGGCAAUAUCAGUGGAUAAAAUUGAUGCAGCAAUGGAUUUUUUUGUGAAUAAAUUGGGCUGUGAUUCUUCCACUCUUAGCAAAUAUCCUGCAGUUAUUACAUUGAGCUUGGAAAAGCGAAUUGUUCCACGUGGCGUUGUCAUUCAAGUUCUAUUGUCAAAGGGUCUGGUGAAAAAGAAGACAUUACUUCGAAUACUUAAAUUAACUGAAAAGGACUUUUUAAGGAGGUUUGUCCUUUGUCAUGAGCACGAAGCAAGUGAAUUGUUGGAGUUGUAUCAGUCUAAACUGGAUCUUACAAGGAAAAUGAAUCGUUGAAUACUGGCAAGGUUUUAAGGUGCAUGCUUAUUGGCUUAUUGCAAGAGAAGGCAGAGAAAUAGUGUAGUUUCCAUUUCUGUCAUAAUCUGUUUUGUAAGGUACGUGAUAAACAUAUUUGCAUACAUUCAUUAGCUUAAAGAGACCAUUUUACAUGCCUAAUAUCAUUUCAUAUGCAUUUAUAUUACAUUUUUAGUGCAAAAUUGCCUAUGCGUUGAGUUAGAUGCAUUAGGAGUAUUUUGGCUAUAAACUGCACGUUUUACAAAUGUGGGGUUAAGUUUUGGAAUUAUGUUUUUUAAUGAAUUAAAAUGAUUGGCCAAAUUGGUUUUUUAUUUAUUCAUCUGAGGUUGGAAGUUAUUAAGAAAAGACACACUUUAAGGUUGUCUCUUUAAAAGGUUUUCAUUUAGCUUUAGGUUUUAAUUCAAAUGUGUACUUGUUUGCAUUUGUGUCUUGUGAGACCUUUGCAUUCAUAUUUCCUUUGUUACUUUAAUAACUAGGUUGAAUCAAAUAUUUCUAUCUUAGUUCAAUUAAAUAAAUGUUAUACUAUAAUGAAUUGAUUAUUUGAUUAAAUUGUGAUUUAGAUGAGUUAAUGUGAGAAUUGAAGAUAUAGUUCAAAGCAAUUCAAAGGGGCUUCAAGAAGGCAAUAUUGUUCGUGACAUUUGUGUAUAUUUGAGAGGGUGCAAGUUAAGCUUGAAAUGGUGCAUUGUAUUGAAUCAGGCCUAAUUUUGGAAUUGUCGUCAUUUGCCUCCAAAUUCUAGAGGUAGUUUCGGCCAAGGGGGUGAAUUGGUUGAAGAUCACAACCACUUGAUAAGUUUCCAUAACUUCUUUAUUAUUUUCCCUUGGCCAAUUUCGCGCAUUAGCAUUCCCAUUCAGAUUCUCUCCCAAUUUUUGCAUUUUCAAACAUUUUUUUCUCACUUUCUCACUUGUUCAUUUUCUUACUAAAUCAAUCACUCAUAUCUUUCUCAUUCCUUCACCAAAUCACAUAAAACUACUCACAUUCUCUUCCUCUCUUCAAAUUCGUCCACUCCUUUAGAUCUAAUUAAGGAUUAAAGGUUCAAAUCAUUCAUUGAAGAAGAUGAAAAGGUGUGGCCUAGUGCGUUUAACUCUUGAAGUUUUGAAGGUAGUGAUGAGAGGAUUUCUCAAGGUAUUCUAAAGGGAUGAUAGAUGGAAGAUGAAUCAAGAAGCUACACUUGGCUAAGACUUUAUAUUCUUUUAAUUUUUCUCAUUUGAAUUGAUGAUUGGUUCCUUAAUUUAGGAUUGAUGCAUCAUGACUUUGUAAUUCUAGUUGAAUUCAUUUUGUUGUAAUGAGAAAUAUUUGUUUGGAUGACUAUAUUCUUGUGAGAAUUGUGGUAUUUGAUUCGGCCAUAUCUAGUUUAAUGCAAGGUUUUGUGUUUUUUAUUGAUGA